AUGCAUGGGGUAAUCAACUAUUCAAAAUUUGAUAAUAUUGAAGUAAGCUCAUCAGAUGAUGAAGUUAAAAAAAGAAUUCCAAAAAUAACCACAUUAAAUAGUAAAGACAAAGUUGUAGUAGGACCAGAUGGAUUAACAAUUUUGAAAGAAUCUACCACUUCACAAAAUGUCGAAAAAUGUGUAGAAAAAAAACAAACACCUCAUAAUACACAAAAUGAAAAAGAAAAAAUUUUCAAAAAUAUGAUAUUAAAUGGAGCAGUUAUUCCAUAUAAAUAUAUAUGGAAUCAAUCAUUAUAUGAUAUUAAUAGUUACAUUGUUUUGCCAUUAAAUUGUAAAGCCAAAUCAUUAAAAAUCCAAAUAUUUGAGGAUAAAUUAGUUGUUAAAAAGGAAAAAAAUAUGAAUUUAACAAAUAUCGAAAAUUUGGACGAUAAUAAUAAUAAUACAUACGAAACCCUCAUUGAUAAAGAAUUUUCAUUUAAAAUUAACACAAAUGAUGAUACUCAAUUGUGGGAAAUAAAAACUAUAGAAAUUAACUGGAAAGAAAUUUUUAAUUUAUCUAAUAAAAUAAAUAACCAAAAUAUGAAUUUUGAUUUUGGAGAAAAUGUAAAAGAUACGAAAGAAACAUUUUUAUAUAUCUCUUUAAAAAAAAAUAGUGAAAUUAAAAGUUCAUAUGUUUGGUGGUCAUGUUUAUUUAAAGGUGAUGAAAAAAUUGAUACUUUUAAAUUACCUUCCCGUAUUAUUCUUAAUAAAAAUAUUAACAAUAAUAAUGAUAAUACUUCAUUUAAAAAGGUUUGGGAAGAAGCACAUGAAAUUUUUAAAAAAAAUAUUUCGAAAAAAAAAUUGCCUUAUUGUAUAGAUUAA